AUGGAAGAACCACUAGAAGCCCCACCAGAAGCCCCACGAGAAAAAGAACCACCAAAAGAACCACCAAAAGAACCACCAAAAGAACCACCAAAAGAACCACCAAAAGAACCACCAAAAGAACCACCAAAAGAACCACCAAAAGAACCACCAAAAGAACCACCAAAAGAACCACCAAAAGAACCACCAAAAGAACCACCAAAAGAACCACCAAAAGAACCACCAAAAGAACCACCAAAAGAACCACCAAAAGAACCACCAAAAGAACCACCAAAAGAACCACCAAAAGAACCACCAAAAGAACCACCAAAAGAACCACCAAAAGAACCACCAAAAGAACCACCAAAAGAACCACCAAAAGAACCACCAAAAGAAGAACCUGUAGAAGAAGAACCUGUAGAAGAAGAACCAACAGAAGAAGAACCAACAGAAGAAGAACCAACAGAAGAAGAACCAACAGAAGAAGAACCAACAGAAGAAGAACCAACAGAAGAAGAACCAACAGAAGAAGAACCAACAGAAGAAGAACCAACAGAAGAAUAACCAACAGAAGAA